AUUAUUAUUAUUAACCUCUAAGCGAAAUAGACUUUAAUCACUAAUUUCUUGAUUUUGGACUAUAUACCUCUUGUGAAUAAACAAUAUAAUUAAAAAUUAAUUGUAAUAUAGCGUUCACGUGUUAAAAAUCAGAUUUUUUUCUGUUAUCAUAGUUUUAAACAACGAAAUUAGUGACUAGAACUGGUAGUGCACGUAGGGACUUGUAAACUGUUACGAACGAAGUGAAUGUGAACUUAUAAAAUGUGAUUUUUUUUGUUUUUGAUUAUACUGCUUGCUGGUAGGCCAUUGUGACUAUUAGUUCUAUCGCUAGCCUAUUAUUGAAAUUCAAUAAUAAUUUUGUUAAAUUCAGGAUGAAGAUCCUCAUACUUUCUUUAAUUUUUUUGUUUUUUGUGGUUGCUUAUGGAAGUUUUCUUAGAUUCUUACAUAGAAGUAAAACAGAUAAUAAUAAAAAUGAUCAUUUUUUAAAAGGCCUGAAAAAACCUGAUAAAUCAAAUACCAACUGGACUGUGGAGUAUCUGGCCGGAUCUUAUGGGUACACAAUAGAAACUCACACUGUCACCACUUCAGACGGAUAUAUUUUAACAUUGCACAGAAUUCCCAGUGGCAGAACUACAAAGUACAAAAAUGGCAAAGUUGCGUUCCUUCAACAUGGAAUUUUAUGCUCAGCAGCAGAUUGGAUAGUAAUGGGUCCCGAAAAAUCUCUAGCGCUUAUGCUGGCGGAUGAGGGAUAUGAUGUUUGGCUAGGUAAUGCCAGAGGAAAUACAUGGAGUAAAAAACAUGUGAGUCUAGACACUUUUGAUUCGAAGUACUGGCAAUUUUCGUGGCAUCAAAUUGGAGAUAUUGAUUUGCCUACUAUGAUUGAUUAUGUUUUGGAGCAAACAGGUGUAUCUCAGGUGUAUUAUGUUGGUCAAUCGCAAGGGACAACUGUAUAUUACGUGAUGUUAUCCACGCAUCCAGAGUAUAACAGUAAAAUUAAGAUUGGAGCAUCACUUGCCCCUAUCGGAUUUAUGAACCACAUAACCGGGCCACUUCUUCGUGUAAUUGCACUUUUUACAAAGCAGUUAAAUGUACUAGGAACACUUAUUGGAGUAGAUGAGUUUGCACCGACGAGCGAUUUUCUUAAGUAUAUAGCAGGAGAUGUUGUAUGUUCAGAGAAUUCUAUAACACAAUUGUUAUGCGAAAAUAUUCUGUUUGCUCUUUGCGGAUUUGACUAUCAACAGCUAAACGACACUCUUUUACCAUUAAUAUUAAAAUAUCUUCCCGCUGGUUCUUCAACUAAGCAACUUAUCCAUUAUGGACAGGAAAUUAACUCGGGGUACUUUCGGCAGUAUGACUAUGGACCUAUUUUAAAUUUGGUGUACUACAGCAGCCUUUUCCCUCCAAGUUAUGAUUUAUCUAAGAUAGUAACACCAACUUACUUAUAUUAUAGCCUCAAUGACUGGAUGUCAGCAGAAACGGAUGUUCUACGUUUGUGUAAAAAUAUGGGUUCCGCCUGUAAAGGGACAAUACUUAACAAUAAAUAUAAAUUUAAUCAUUUGGAUUACCUCUAUGGUAUAAAUGCAACUAGGCUAAUUAAUAGCCAGGUUAUAAAUUUGUUUGCAAAACAAUAAAAAACUUGUCACAAAACAAUAAAAAACAUGUGACAACAAUAAGAAUUAGGCUUCGCAACUAUAGAAUUUUCGCAGAAAAGUAAAUGAUAGAUAUGACACCAAUGAACAUACAGAUACCUCACAGAGUACACAGAACGCAGGUCAACCUUCGGCCAGGUUUCGCAAACGUAGUAAAAUCGGCAAUAAAACAUUCUUUUUAGUAUUCUACGUACUGAAGUGCAUUUAUCUCGACAAUAGAACUUGAUAUAGCUGAAUGAGCUUCGACUUAUAGCUUACGAAUGGCAAAAGCUCUUUCUUCUUCCAAUAAGAAAACGUGGUAGCGACAAAUCUAUAAAAAAAAACGUAGUGCUGUAUGAGAACUUUAAAUUAAAAGGCUAUGGACCUCGAGUUAUGCAAAAGAUUUUUUCUGGGGAUUCAAAGAGAAAAAUUUAAAAUUUAGUCGAUCAGCCUCCGCUGAAGGAGAGACGCAUAGAGUUUUGCCACAACUCUUGGAGUCAUGCUGAUCCUAUGCUGCAUAGUCCUUGCAUGUACAAGUUGUUCUUUAAGAAUAGAACUGUCAAAGAUCCAAUACAGAAGGAGACACCCCCAAGAAUAUUGAAAUAAACGCGCUAUCCCUGUUAUUCUUAUAAGAGGGAGGAGUUAUAACAUUAAUGGCCACCAUAUAUAUAUAUUUGUAUAACGUUGUCUCACUUUAUCUUUUGCUAUAUUAGUCAUUGCUUAUAAUAAGCUCCUAUUAUUCUUGUUGCUUGUACUUAUUGUAACAUUAAAUAUGGUUUUUUAAAACAUGCAUUGCAUAAUAAGAAACGCAAAACAUGUUUUGUUAUUAUAGUUUUAUAACACAGAAACGAGUUGAAAAGACAGUUCAAGAAGCUUCUUGUAAAUUAUUAACAACUAAAUGACUGUAAAAACCUAGAAAAUAAGAAACAAAGGAAUUUAAUCGUAUUAUCCUAUUGAUGAUAUAUGAUAUUUAUUUAAUAAUCCUUAUAUUUUGUCUUUGGUAUUUAUAAAAAUUUAUAGUCUUUUCAUAUUAUUUUAAAGUAAAUGAAGGUGAAGUGGUUAUUUUAAUCUAACCAAUAUACUUCAAAC